AUGGUGCUGCGGUGCAAAGAUUCGGAAAAUCCAGGAGAGAUUAUCCGACAUAAGUACCCCUCCCACUCACCCUCGCUCGCUUGGACCGCCAGUCUCCGGCCAUCUGAUCACACCAUGAAUCGACCAGAUGAUGAGAAAGAAGAAAUUGAGAAGGAAGAAGAUGGAAAGAAGCCGUCCGAUCUCCGGACGAGGACUACCACGGGGAGGAUACUGCGGCCAAGAGGUCAAGGAGCUGAGGAGAAGGACAAAAACGACAAGAAAAAGACGAGAGCAGAGCUCCAUGUUGCGCUAUCCAAGGAUGAGAUCGAGGAGGACUUCAUCGUCAUGACUGGCUCCAAACCACCCCGACGGCCCAAACGGAAGCAUAAGAGCUCCGUCCAGAAUCGUCUCAACUCACUCUCUCCUGGUUUCUUGUUGCCAGAGACCGUUUCUGCUGAUCGAUACAAGGUUUCUGAGUCGCGUUGGAAGAUUCCUCAAGAUUAA